AUGGACUGCCUCAAACCAAGGACUGCUUUCCUGACACUUUCCCUAAGACUGCUUUUGCUGGGGGCCUUCAUUCUGGAAGCAUCAGCUCUAGAAGUAGUCAAUGUGGUGGAUCUCUGCGGCCAGAUGCUCCGAGGGGAAGGGAUGAUCAUCCGCUCUCAUUCCGCUUCGCGGAGAUUCUACUUCGUGGCCCUAGAGACGGACUGCUGGCUCACUGUGCAGGCUGCCUCCCCUCAGGACAGAAUCCUGUUCCAGUUUCGUUUCUUUCUGGUCUACAGCCUGACUCAAGCGCCUCCUUCUGAGCCGCCCCAGAUAACCUCCUCUGGGCUGCCCGGCCGCCUCAGAGAGGACCCCUGCACCGCCGGUUCCUAUGUACAGUUCUAUGAUGGGUCCAAGGAGGGUCCCCGCCUUGGGAAACCACUGUGCGGACUGACCAUCCCAGGCCCCGUCCUGUCCACGGGCAGGUCCCUGAGCCUGCGCCUGGUGACCAGAGGCCGGCAGCCCAGGGUGGAUUUCGUUGGGGACUUCACCUCAUUCCGUCUAGGUACCUUCAUUUCUCCCUGUGGUCUGGGUGGCUAUUUCCUCUGCCGUAACAAGAAAUGCAUCCCCCAGAGCCUGGUGUGUGACGUCUGGGGCAUUGACAACUGUGGGGAUGGCAGUGACCAGACUACAUACCCCCCUGCCAGCUGCGGAGGUCAGAGUGCUGUGACUGCGGCCACCCCGCCGUCUCCUGCCUUCUGGACAUCUCAAGGGUCUCUGAAACCUGGCAGCAACAGCAGCGAGUCAGAGGAGAGCCGGCCUGCCCUCCAGGAGAGAUCUGCCACAGGCCCCCUUACCAGGACCAGGACCUUCAAAACACUCCCUAGCAACAGCUUUGUCUACACCGCCUGCUGCCCUGUGGAUCUGCCUGGUUGCCUCCGCUCAGACCAGGUCACCCCUCAGGGGGUGGCCUCUGAGCAUGUUGGCCAAGCUGGGGGGCAGGAGUCAGCCCUACCAGGGCUCCCACUACAGCUGGGGCUCCAAGGGAGACCUACCUAA